AUGAAAAUUGCUUCCGGAAUUGUAUUGUGUUUGGCUCUUGCCAUGUCAAGCGCCUUCAAAAUCAGACAAGGAAAUAUUGCCGCUGAUAUUGGUGCUGGUGUUGCAGCUGCCAACCAAGCCAUCACUGACAGUGAAGAAUUCUUCAACGAUGCUGUCCACGGCGCUCAAGCUACUAUGGAGAACUUUGCUGGACAAGCUGUGAAUGGUGCAGGAGCCCUCGCUGGUAUGAUGGCUGGUGGAGCCCCCGCUGGUGGAGCCCCCGCUGGUGGAGCUCCUGCUGAUGGAGCCAGACUUCAGCAGACUGCUGCUGAUGCUGCCAACGUUGCCACUGCUGAUGCUAGCACUCUCGCCACUGAUGCUACUACCGUUGCUACUGAUGCUGCCAACGUAGCUGCCGAUAUCGGAUCUCAGUGGGUCAACACAGCUACUAACUUCCUAGGAGGACUCGCAGGUACCAAUGGUGGUGCAAGACUCCAACAAGGAAACCUCGCUAAUGACAUCAACGCUUUAAACCAAGCCGCUCUCGGUGCUCUUCAUGAUACUAAUCAAGCUUUUGAUGAUGCUCUCGACCAGAGUGAAAUGAUUGCUAACAACGUCAUUUCAACCUCCGAACAAGCUUUCGGAGCUAAUGGAGCCACCGUUGCUAACCCAGACAGACUCCAGCAAGACGCACAGACUGUGGCUGAAGAUGCUACAGAUGUUGCUGAUGAUGUAGCUGAAGCCACUAACGACGGAAUUCAAGCUACAGAUGACUUAACUCAGCAAGGCAUCAGAGCCUUUUACAGAUGGUUCGCUAACAACAAUGGAGGAGAAAGAAGACUUCAAAGAUUGCACUAAAUUGGAGGUUCGAAGUAGUAAUUUAUUGAGAAAACUU